AUGCUGGAACGAUUCAAGGUGCCGUCGGAAGACCAGGUGCGCGUGCCGGAAGAUUCGCUGCGCGAGACUGUUGCCGCUGUGUUCGAGAAGAUGGGCGUGAGCGAUGAGGACGCCGCAGUGGGCGCGAAUACGCUCACGAUGACCGACCUGCGCGGUGUGGAGACGCAUGGCGUGUCGAAUAUGCUUCGCUCUUAUGUGCAGCAGUACAACGAAGGCAGCCUGACCCGCAACCGAAUUGGCGCAUUAUCAGCGAGUCGCCCGCUACGGCGGUGA